AUGGCAAAAUCCCUAUUUCGCAACGGAUUGAGAGGAGAACCGAAGAAAUGGUACAGAAACAUAGCAGUAGAUCGUCGGGCGGACUGGCCUCAGCUCCAGGAAGCGUUCAGACGUAGAUUCCCGUGGAGAGCCAGUUCAGACAAUGCUCAGCUUACAGCCAAGAUAGACGAGUUUGAGAGACAGACGAACGAAAAGCUGUCGACAUAUGUCAGAAGAGCCACAGAACUGGCGGACCAAACUGAUGAUAAUCAGAACAGAGUCCUGAGAGAUAGACUAUAUACCAAGAUGUGCACUGGUGGAAAUGAAAACGACCGACGAGUGCAGGAAAGAGUGGCAGAUCGGCUGCACGCAGCGAACAAAACCGAUGACAUUGGCAAGUUGACGGCGGCAUGUACGUUCGAUGAUGUGCGUAGAGCUAUCAUGCAGUGUGCAGCGAUACCAGGUAAAGAAGGAGACUUCUUUGCAGAGGUCGAAACAGGUGCUCAGCACAGUAUGCCCAUGACUGGCGACGAUGCCAUCAGAGAAAUUGGAUUGGCUUUCCGGGCGAUGAGAGAACGGACAGAACAUCCAACUCCCGCACAGUUUUUCUCACCACCACCGAGUUACGGAGGGCAGACCCCGUACGCAAUGCCGACCACGAUGCCAGCACGAUACGGACCAUAUGCUCAACCCCAGCAACAGUUGUCCACGACCAACAUGCCACCGGUGAUGGCAGCAGGGAAGGUCAACGGUUACGAUGGAAGACGAACCACGUUCAAUACCGGACCAGUACAGGCUGGCCCGUCACAGGUCGGACCCACCUACAAUGGGCCAAAUGGACAUUCAUCGAGAGAAUGUGACAAACCACAAAGACCAUGGAACGACCAACGACUGGUGAUGGAUGCGGUGUUUCGAGGCGACCCCGUACCAAAAGAUAUCAAAUUCGACCUCCCUCCGCAACCGAACCAGGCAGAAGGGAUGGGUGUGGAGGCCAGACGCACAGUCCCGGUGAGAACCGGUCGAGUUUUGAUCAAAGGAACUGAUGACAUGGUGGGCGGAAUGAUGAUUGAUGAGACCGAGGAUAACGAAGUUUUCAAGAUGUUCGAUGAGGAUGGAGGAUACCCAUUCACGAUGGCAGCAGAAAAGAGAAAGGCCGAGGUUAUGGCUGGAGGGAGUGAGCGAGUAAUCGAAUUAGAUGAGGGCGGUGACGUCCGGAUGUCGACUACACCCGACCAUGACCAGACACGACCAGGUAAGGGCAAAGGGAGACGAACCGACUCCCCACAUCCACGCAAGAUGGGUAUGGACAUACCCAGCAAAGAGGAACUAGCCCGACGAUUGCGCGAAGUGAAAGCACAGAUGCAGCAACGAAAACAAGACACCGUGAAGAAAACCAAAGGAGACACGAUUCCCAUUCGGGCAUACGAAGAUCACGAAGACGAACGGAUCGACAUAGGCGAGUUGUUGCGAAUCACUCCAUUUCCGAACAUUACGUGGGGACAGUUUUUGGAUCGGAGCCCAACAUUGCGGGCACAGUUGGCCAGGCAAAUGGGAGUAUCAUCACGUAGACAGAAGACAACUUUGUCCAAACUGAAGAGAGACAAACAAGGACGACACGAACCCCAUUCUGCGAGCACUCGGAUGAAAACGUCCGUGGCACAGAUCACAUUUCGUGACCGGGCACGACCAGAUGAUGGACAGACAUACAUGGGAUAUAUUGAGGGAGAAGUAUCGGGUACGGUAACUCACCGAUGCAUGGUGGACUGUGGGUCGUUGUCGGAACUGAUCAGCCCGGCAUGUGCAAAGGCGAGAAAACUUGAACUGAUCCCAGUCAAGGAGGAGUGUGAACUGAAGAUGGCCGAUGACUCGACUACCCCCAUCCAUCACUACGUGAUGUUCCCAUUUGUGGUUGGGGGAAUUCUGUCAAUUAUGAGGGCAUAUGUGGUGGGAAUGGACGAAUCAUAUGAUAUCUUGCUGGGCAAAGGAUGGUUGAGAAGAAACCAAGCAGUGAUUAACUUCAGUACUGAUCAACUGACAAUCACUGGGAUCAACGGUCAGUCACAUACGGUGAAAAUGCGCCCAGCACGGACGAGGGGACCAAUCGUAGUUGAACGCAAGUUGAGCAAAUAUUCCCCUCCGGCGGUGGAGGAUGGUUCAGAUUCGUCUAGCGAUGAUGGGGAUUUGGACGAUGACGACGAUGUGAUGGAUAGUGAUAUUGAUGAUGAACUGACGGAGGCGGAUCUCCUGCAGGAGAUGGUCGACAUCGCAGAGUUUGCCGUGGUGAAUUCGAAGGGUAACCAAUCACACCCAAAAAACUGA